AUGCUGACCAUAUUCACCUCGAGCCUCGCCAGAGCCGACACCUUUUGCAAGGCUCAGAUGCCACCGCCAUGUCUCCAGGUCGACGUGCGCGCUUCAAGAGACCUGCCAGUGCUUGUCCCCAAUUGGCAAGAUGGGCCACCUCCAAGCCUCGUGUCUCUAAACAGCACACUUGGGAGAGUUGGAACACUUCUCUUCAACUGCAUGAGUCCCAAGCAUUCUCAAGCAGACCAGCAUGAGUUCCUUUUCGUUAUGCAACAAAUCAAGAAGUUCUGCGCAGAAGCCCAACCUGAACCUGAAGUCAAGCCUGCGGCACUUGAGGAUGCCGAUGCUGCCGACCCAGAAUUAGUGACGUUCUUGGAAAGGAGCGAUCAAACCCCUAUGCUGCUGUUUUGGCCUGGAAUGGACAACAUCGACCAAAUAAUGCGGACUAAUAUUGGUACACUUCACAUUGAGCGACCCGUAAUCACCAGAUUUGUACUCUCUCGAGAUAUAAUCAUGAGUGUGAUGGCCCAUGAAAACAGAGUCACCUUUUCCGCAAGUUGGAACGGGGCUUGGCACACGGAGAACCGAGUCCAAGAAGUCAUGGACAACUGUGUGGACAAGGUGUUUCGGGGACUCGGUCUCAAUGCUCCAGCCACUGACUGGAAUGAAGAGUUGCUUGAUCAGAUUCCACCACUCAACGCGAUGAUUCCGAUUGAGCCAGAGGUGCCGGUGGUAAUACCUGGGAGACGAUGGAUUGUACCCCCAAUCAGGGAAUUCCUGGGCCAAUAUUUUUGA